AUGUAUGAAACACAAGGCGGAAUUUCAGAUGAAAGGUUUAUAGUUGGAAUUAAGAACUCUUCGAAGGUAGAUGUAACUUUGGCUGAUCAACUAAUUAUAGGUGGGGCAAGAGUAGAAAAGACUCUUCAAGAUUUGAAUUGUAGGUAUCAGACAUUAUUUUUCAUUGGGGCAGGUGCUUCUUCCGCUGCAGGAAUAUUAGCAGCAACGAAUUCUUUGUUUAACAUUCAACCUGCAAAUAUGAUUAAUUCAUUGUUUCAACUUUUAUUUGGGAUUUUAUUGAUGGUUCUGGACGUUCCAGGAAGCCCAAGGUGGUCUUCGAGGGGCAGGGCAUUAAUUAGAAAAGAAGCAAGAUUUUUAACUCAUUUAACAGGAAAAAGUUUAUGUCUAUUAUUCCUAAGUUGCCUAACAUCCACUACUCUUUGGCCUAAUAGGAAAGGCGCAGGGAUAUUGGCACUCCUUGCGUUUCUAACCUCUAUUGCCGUUGCUGGGGUUGCAGUAAUUGGGUUGUUGAUUUCGUUGCAAAAAAGUGUGAGGCUUGAAAGAGUUAGGAAAAAUAUUAUUACAACAAAAACAUCGACAGUAGCUGAUGUAUAUAGAAGAUACGCAAUUGCAGACCCAGUGUAUGGGAUGCAAUUUGAAGAAUUUAGUAGAAUGGCAGCGGAUUAUACCAACGGAAGACAACAAUUUGGAGUUACUGAUUUAAGUAUUAUAUACAAUGCUUUGGAUGAAAAUCAAAAAAGCGGAAUAAAUGAAAGGGAGUUCUCAGAGUGGGUAAAUGGUUCUACUGUUUAUCUAUAG